AUGAUUAACUCUCAUCAAAACAUUCCCAUUCAACAAUUUGACCUACAAGAAUAAAUCUAAAUCUUAUACCAUCAUCAAAAGACUUGCGAAAAACAAGGAAAAUACUUAGAAGCGGAUCUAGCCAAAACAAAAUUGAAUGAAUUGACAAAAACCUUAGAUCUCUAAUAAAAACACGAGGUUGUUGAUAGACAUUCAGAUGAAAAGCAACAAAUCGACAAAGCUCAUUUUGACGAAUUUAAUCAAUUUAACUUGUUUUGGGAUGAGAAAUUUAAGUAAUUUGAUUUUGAAACUAAAUCUGCAAAGGAUGAGAUACUAUCUAGACAUGAAUUAGAAUUGACUUCGUUUCUUGAAGAACUAGAAAAUACAAUUCCAUUAAAACCAAAGGAUUCUGCUCAAUUGUUAAAACUGAGGAAGACCGAAGAACAAUUGGCAAAGUUAGAAAAUUAUAAAGAGGCUCAUAUGAUCUAAUAGAGGAUAUUGAAUUUAGAAAAGGAAGAAUUUGAUAAAUGGAAUCAUACUAGAUAGAACAAAAUCAGGAAUUUGAUCUAACAAUUAAGAUAGAAAUAAAUUAUAGAAUUGAAUGCUUUGUAAUAACGCAUUCUCUCAGUACAAGAAGAAUUAAGCAAAAGCAAAUCAUAAGAACUCUAAAAAAUGCUCUCCAAAUAUUAACAUGUUAGAAAAGAAUUAGAGAAUUAAUAGAAUCAAGAAAUCAAUAGACUUGAAAAAUCCAUAAAAAAUCAAUCGAUCAUGUCUAAAAUGAAUUCUUAAAUGAAAAAACCCUAAGAUGAAAAUUACAAUCUCAAAUGA